GCAACAUCUCCAAAGCAUCAUCCUCAAAUAUACCACCCCUCCUCCUCCACCAUGUCCAUAUCAUACCAUCAAGCAGCACGAAGCUGCGCGCGUACUCUCCGAUCCCCCUCAACCGUUCGAGCCUCAACGCCAUGUCUAGCACAACGGAGGAAUCCAGCUCCCUCACGAAGAUGGGCAACAACGGAGGCAGUUUCAAACCCCAAGAUUUCAGGCAUUGUGGAUCAGAUUAGUCAAUUGACUCUGCUGGAGACUGCUGAUUUAGUGGCAAGCUUAAAGGUAUGAGCACUCGCAACGGGAUGGUGUUAGGGAGAGGGGGGAAGUGGGGGAGAGGGGUCCGAGAAGUAGGAACUUCUGCUAACUCUUCAUCGCUCAGUCACGACUCAACAUUCCUGACAUGCCAAUGGGAGGAUUUUCUGCAGGUCCAGCUGCACCAGCCGCCGCCCCCGUAGAAGAAGAGGAAGCCGCACCAGUACAACAGGCAAAGACGUUAUUCAACCUCAAGCUGGAGUCAUUCGACGCUGCGGCCAAGCCAAAGAUCAUCAAGGAGAUCAAGAGCAUGUUGGGUUUGAGUUUGGUGGACAGCAAGAAGUUCGUGGAGAGUGCACCAAAACAAAUGAAGGAGGGUGUGCCAAAGGAGGAGGCCGAGAAGAUUGUUGCCGCCCUGAAGGCAUUAGGUGGUGUGGUCACAAUGGAGUAGGCUGUUGGAUCAAUUGGUUGUAUGACUUGUUGGGGAGACCAAAGUGUAUCA